AUGAAAUCAAUAUUGCUGAUAGCCUUGAUUGCAAUAGCUUUCACAGCUAGAGUACAAGAGAGAAAUCUUGCAAAAAUCACAACAGACCUCAAGAAGAGCACAUAUGGAAGUGCAUUACUCCACUUAGUCGAACUCCACUCUAUGGCUGGCGGACCAGUCUAAGAGUUGAUUGAUGCUAUUGAAGAGCUUAUCAACGAUCUUGAAGAUGAAUUGGAAGAAUUAGAAUUCAAUUUCUAAGUCAGAACCAACGAACACAAUGCAUUAGUGGUUAGCCUUGAAUAAGACAUCUAAGACGCUGUCAUUGGUAAUAAUAUCCAUUUAUUAAACUAGAUGUCAAUAACACACAAGACACAUUAGACAAUUUACUUUUCCCAAGAAGAGAGUAACUCUAAGUUAGAAUUGAACAAAUCUAAGAAAACCAAGAGGGCAAUAGAAAGAAUUACGAUGAAGCAAUUCUUGUAAGAGAAUAAGAACAUGAAGAUUUCGAACUCUAAAUUGCUGAAUUAAAUGAAGCAACUGCUGCAGUCGAUGAUGCUCUUGCUCUUCUUGAGACACUCACCAACCCAUCAUUGUUGUAAGUCAAGAGAUUCUAAAACUCCUUGAAGAACAUCGAAUAAAAGAUCAAGUCAAGAUCCAAGAUGGCUCCUAUGAUUAAGGCUCUUAUUUCAUUAGCCUCAAACUAAAACUUCUCUGAUCAAGGAAUCAUUGGUUAAAUCGUUGAUGCUCUUAACGAAUUCAGAAAUGCUGUUGUUGAUUCAAUUAAUGCUUAAACAGCUGCUGAAGCUUAAGCUUAAGCUGAUCACGAAGAAUACCUUGAAUAAUUAGAUGAGGAAUAUGCUGAAUUCUAAAGAUAAAUCAAUAGAGUCAAUGUUGAUUUGACAGCCACCAAUGGUAUAAGUCAUUUUUGAUAAUUUAUAGAAAAGAUCGACUAAUUGUCUGAAUUCAGAGAUUAAAGAGAGGCCGACAGAAAAUAAUACACUGCUGAACUUGAAUUAGAGAAUAACACCUAUGCUGAAGAAACCGAUACCUACACCAACUUAAAGAAUGAAUUCACAAGAGAACUUGGAAUCAGUGAAUAAGCUUUAUCUGUUGUCGAAAGUGCUGAUUUCUCAAACAUCUAAGUUUGAAAGGAAUGAAUUAUUUAGGUUUCUUCUUAAUCAAGCACAAA